CCUUCAGGGUGUGCCGGUGGCUUACGACAACAUCAAAGUGGUGGGUGAGCUCGGGGACAUUUACGACGACCAAGGAUUCAUCCAUCUGAACAUCGAGGCGGACUUCGUCAUCUUCAGCCCCAAGAAAGGGAAGAAACUGGUGGGUAUAAUUAAUAAAGUGGCCCCUAGUCACAUUGGCUGCCUGAUACAUGGAUGCUUCAAUGCUUCUAUCCCUAAACCUGAACAAAUGUCAGUUGUACAGUGGCAAGAGCUGGGGUUCAAAAUAGGGGAUGAACUGAAAUUUCAAGUAUUGCACUUGGAUUCUGAUGCAGCUGGAGUGUUCUUCAUUCGAGGAGGACUCACUAAAAGCAGCAUGCGUCCCAAACAAUCUGAGACUGUCACUGGCAGUACAAAUGGAGGUGAAACUCAAGAGUUUGACCACCAGGAAAAUGGCUUGAAUUACUCUGGAGGAAAUAAUGUCACAGAGGAGUCUCUAUGUGAGACGGAGAACACUGUGAGGGAAAAUGCAGAAGAGCCAAGUGUUGAUGCUGUGAAUGGAAUAUGUGAUGAUAAAAACAAGAAGAAAAAAAAGAAAAAACAUAAGCAAGAACCAGCACACACAUUGCCUACCAGUGACUCUAGUGGUUACCAAAGUGACCAUAAAAAGUUAAAGAAAAAGAAAAGAAAGCAUUGUAAUGAAGCUGAAGAAAUUGAAUUAUCUCAGCUGUCACAAGAACCCAAAGCUAAAAAGAAAAGGGACUAA